ACUCUGCACGAUACCUGGAUGAAGAGGAGUGAAGGGAGGAAAAGAACACAACGUCAACAGAGUAUGAUGUGAGGUUCAUAUACCAGAGAACAGGAUAUCACUGAGGAGACGGACUGCCUCGCGAGGCAGGGCCAGAAGCAUGAAGCUUUUUGUUCAACAGGCUCAGAGAGCUCCAAAGACUAAGAUGAGUACCGCCGACCAUCACUGUGCCGCACAAAAAGUCGAUAACCAGAGGUGCAGAGUCGACGAUGGACUGCAUUUAAGCGCCUGCUCAUCCCGGGAGAGGAUGGGCUCCAGCUUAGAGCAGACCCAUUCCAUCUUCGUCAUAAGAAAGGAGGAGAAAAUCAUCCAUUUCCAGCCCCCAAAGCCCCGGGGCUCAGACGGUGCAUUUCUUGCCCAAGGCCCACCCGGACUUAGUAGGAGGGCAGCGCCGCGAUCGUAUGUCCCGGGGCUUUGGUUCUCGAACCAGGGCGGAGAAAUGAGGUUGAGGAAAAGCAGUGGAUGCCAGUCAUUCUGCGGGAUUCCCAGGACCAUCCAGUGGAGGAACAGGGGGGUUUAGCGCUUAAGCUGACAAGCAGAUCCAGGUAUAAGCAGAGAGAGGUAGGAGGAUCUGGAUAAUCGGCAUGGUGUAAAGAGAGACACGCGAACGGCUUCCUGUUUCUAACCGCUUGUGGUUGAGAAGAAAAGCGGGGGGCAAAAGAGACAACCUGAGAGGAAGACCAGAAGAGACAGAGUGGGAAUUGGCACGAAAGAGUGAAAAAACGCUACAGAGUCCAGCAGGAUUCGAGGAUUACUACAAAGAGAGAAGGGCGGAAAAUCAACGGUGACAAGGGGGGGGGGAAGAAAGCAA